AUGGAAGGUGUUGCAAACUUGCGAGUAUAUUAUAACGGUGAGGUUAUAACAAACACACAUGAAGGAGUGACCUUUGUUUGUGAAUGUCCAUUGUCAUUUGUCAUUCCAUGUACCAUGAGUUUUGUCGAGUUGCAAAAUGGUCUUUGUAAUAACAUUCAAAGCCACAUUUUGAAAAGGGUGAGCAAUCUUUUAUACAGAAGUCCUGUGCAAGUAUUUGGUGGGCUAAUACAGUUUCAAAUAAUGGCCAUCACUGACGAUGCCAGUAUGCAGCAGAUGUUUUAUAUUUAUCAACAAACCCGAUCUCAAGUGUCGAUGAUAGAGCUGUACGUUGAGUUUGAACAGCAGUCGGGGAUGAGUACAGUCGGCGAGGAGGUCAAUGUUGAUGAGCUCGAGGAUAUAGAUUGGGAAGAAGAUAAUAAUGAUAACAAAGAGGAAUUCGAAGCUAACUAUGAAGUCGAUGACGAAAACGAUGACGGAGACUUGGCAGGCAAUCCGGCGGUGCAAAAUGAAGCGAAUGUCGUUGUAAGCCAACACCCGUUUGGUGUUCCGUCUUUUAUGCGGACUCUAGAUCUCAAAGCCAUGCAUGCCCCGGAAUUUCCUGAAUAUGUGAAUACAGGUGAAGGCAACGUUGCGGCGGAAGAUGGCGAGUUUAGUGUCGGAAUGGAAUUUGGUUCGAGAGAAGGAGUUGAUUACACUGUGUAUAAGUCUGAGCCGCAGUCAUUCUAUGCGAAAUGCAAGGGGUAUGGUGCAGGGUGCGACUGGCUUAUCCGAGCUAGCUUGAUUCGAAAAAAAGCUUGUUGGGAGAUCAGGAGAUACAAUGGGAAGCACACGUGCACCAUGGGCACGAUUUCACAAGAUCAUGCCAAGUUGGACUCAGACACAAUUGCAGAUGCCAUUAGGCCGUUGGUCGAAGUAGACCUCUCGAUAAAGGUAAAGUCCGUUAUUGCAGAAGUUCAAGGCAGGUUCAACUACACUGUGAGUUACCGCAAGGCUUGGUUGGCAAAGCAGAAAGCUGUUGCAAAAGUUUUUGGUGAUUGGGAAGUUUCUUACGAGACUCUGCCAGUGUGGUUGAAAGCAAUGACAGUGAAGAUGCCAAGGUCUCGUGUUCAAAUUAAAACGCUCCCCGUUUACCGUGAGAGUGAGGAGGUUCAAGGUGUAAGAGUUCUGCACCGCAUUUUUUGGAGCUUCUAUCCGUGUAUUGUAGCAUUCAGACACUACAAGCCACUAGUGCAGGUUGAUGACACGCACCUGUACGAAAAAUAUAAAGGUGCACUUCUGGUAGCUGUUGCACAGGAUGGGAAUCAAAACAUUGUGCCUAUUGCAUUUACGAUUGUCGAGGGCGAGACAGCAGACGCGUGGGAGUUUUUUCUAACCAAUUUGCGGAGAUAUGUUGUUACCAUUGAUGGUGUGGGUAUUAUUUUUGACCGCCAUACCUCCAUCGACGCUGCAAUAGCUCGCAGUAACAGUGCAUGGUCACCACCAAAGGCGUGGCACAUGUACUGCAUCAGGCACAUCGGAUCCAACUUCUUAAGGAGGUUCAAGGCUCCAUAUUUGCAUAAACUCGUGGUCAACACAGGCUAUUCUAGGACGGAGCAGGAGUACAACAAAAACUACCAAAGGCUUAAAGAGCAGGGUGAGGCAUAUACUCAAUGGUGCGAUGAGAUCGGUGUUGAGAGAUGGGUGUUGGCAUUCGAUGGUGGUCAUCGUUGGGGACAUAUGACAACAAACUUGGUAGAGUGUAUAAAUUCUGUCCUGAAGAGUGCACGCAACCUUCCUGUGACUGCCCUUGUCCAGUCAACUUUCUAUCGGCUGAAUGAGUUGUUCACUCGGAAGAGUACUGAGGCUCAUGACCGUCUCCGCAACGGAUUCACGUAUUCAGAAUUUGCAACGAAGAGAGUUGAAGAAAGCUUCCGACGUGCAGGAAACAUUGUGGUCAACCGGUUCGACAGGCGUAACGAGAUGUUUGAGGUCCGCGAAAUGCAAGAUGGUACCAUUUACACUGUUAAUCUUGCGCAACGACACUGCGACUGUGGCCACUUCCAGGUUGAGCGACUUCCAUGUCGCCACGUGCUUGCAUGUUGCGCCAACCAGCGUCUUGAUUGGCAAGUGUACGUGCACGAUGUGUACAAGAUGUCUCAAAUUUGCAAGGUGUACAGAGGUGAGUUUGUUCCGAUGGGUGACCCAUCUACGUGGGAUAGAUACGAAGGAGCGAAGGUGAUCGCCAACUGGACAUUGAGGCGCGCGACAAAGGGAAGACCGAAGUCAACCCGCUACUUGAAUGAGAUGGAUUCGCAGGAUAUUCAUGGUCCUCGCCGGUGUACGGUUUGUGGACGCGAGGGAAAUAGUCGCAGCCGGUGUCCUCAGCGCGCAGGUCCAAGCUCCGCUGGAGGACAUUAG